AUGGCCACCCAGUCUGCGUCCACUGAAGUCCUCUCGAAACAUUGUGACGUAAUUCUCCGCGUGGGCACACCCCAGACCGAGCGCAAGCUUUUCGUUUCGUCCGCGCUGCUCAGCCAUAGCUCCCCCGUCUUUGCCGCCAUGUUCGACGGCCGCUUUGGUGAGGGUCAAGAUUUGAGUGCAGAUUCACCACGCGCCGUCCCGCUUCCAGAAGAUGAUGCGGAUGCUGUGACCACCGUGUGCAAGAUCAUUCAUGUGCAGGUGGCCGGUCUUGCUGUGACUGCGUCUCCUACUCAGUUGGUGAGUAUCGCCAUGGUUGCACAUAAAUACGACUGUGUGGAGGCAGUCAGACCAUGGAGCAUCAUCUGGGUCGCGGACAUCCUGCAGAAGCCGGGUGUUCCAGAUUUUGAGAAGACACUUCUUGCCACAUGCCUGCUUGAUAUGGCGCCAGAGUUUCAAGGUGUCUCCAAGAGUCUCAUUCGAGAUCGCUCUGAAGUCAGUAUCUCCGCCAUAUCUAAUGGCGAAGUCUUCCUUUCAAUUCCGAUUCUCGAGCGCGUUCUCAAAGCACAGAUCCAGACUCAAUACAACGCGCUGGCGACCUUCGAUGCUAUAAUCCCACUAUUUGGUUGUAAGGCUCGCACAGAAGAUAUGGCAUUCUUCUUCAAAGCACUCUUGUGA